AAUUUUCGUCCCGGUUAUGCCGUGCAGCAGACUCGCACACGAUCAAAGAAUUUUUACUAGAAGCCACCCCCAUCCAGUCCCGUGUGUGUUAGUGAGGCAGAGCGAGACGGAGAGGGCGAUGUAAGACGUUGGUCCUUUCUAUUCGGGCAGCGGCGGAGCGGACUGUGGGAGGCGAGGGUGGGCGAUGGGGAGUUCCAACACGGGGGGAGGGAGCAAGGACGAGAGUACGAUGGAAGGGGGCGGAGGGGCGAAGGCCGACCCCUCCGCCUCCGACUCCCCCGCCGCCGACCCCUUCUCCGACGGAGAGAAGGUCCUCGCUUACCACGGCCCUCGCAUCUACGAAGCCAAGGUUCAAAAAGCUGAGCUGCGAAAGACUGAAUGGAGAUAUUUCGUCCAUUAUCUUGGUUGGAGCAAGAAUUGGGAUGAAUGGGUUGGGACAGAUCGCUUGAUGAAAUUUACCCCUGAAAAUGUCCGUAAGCAGCAGGAACUUGCAAAGAACCAGAAUGCUGACAAAAUUCCGAAGUCAGGGCGGUCAACACAAAAUAAGCCAAAAGGCUCCAAUGAUGCAAAAGCAGAUAAAGAUGAUCUGAAGAACCAUGUGUCCAAAGGCAAGAAGCGGAAGGCUCAAUUUGGUAAUGAGGAGAAAGACGCAAAAUCAGCAGAAAAGCUUGUGAUAUUACAAUUUCCUUUGACUCUUAAGAAACAGCUGGUUGAUGAUUGGGAAUUUGUAACUCAACUGGGUAAGCUUGUCAAGCUUCCUCGUUCCCCAAAUGUGGAUGAUAUCCUAAAGAAGUACCUUGAUUACCGGACGAAGAAGGAUGGCAUGAUUGCUGAAUCAGUUGGUGAGAUACUAAAGGGGUUACGCUGUUACUUUGACAAGGCAUUGCCGGCUAUGCUUUUGUAUAAAAAGGAGCGUCAACAAUAUCAAGAAGCAAUUCGUGAUAAUAUCUCUCCUUCGACUAUCUAUGGCGCUGAACAUCUACUGCGCCUUUUUGGUGCGGGUUAUGCCUGCCUUUCCAGAGUGAUUGGAACCACCUCCCUAACCAUGUAUUGUGAAAGCAUCAGCCUCCCACCAGAAGAUCUUAUCAGACCGUCAAGUUGCCUGAAUUACUUGCUUAUGUCAACAUGGAAGAAGAAGCAUUGGCAAAAUUGCAGCUGAAGCUGGUGGACUUUCUCAAGUUCCUGCAGAAAAAUCAGAGCUCCUUUUUCCUCUCUGCAUAUGAUGCUUCCAAAGGCGUAGUAGAUGACACAGAUACCAAAUAGAACUUACCUGGCAGCAUGUGUUUGCUGUUAUGUACCAACCUGCAACAGAGCAGCCCAGUCCCAUCCCCAUUCUGUUGUUGUUGUAUGAUUUGAUUUCGCUCACAGCAAAACAGAAUGAGAUCCUUCCCUUUUGUGGCUAAGGUGGAACUCAUGUUAACAGCUCAAGUUUUCCAAGUUUAAAUUAUGGAGUGUGAUUUUCCCUCUUGCUUUCAACUCUGGACCUUCAAUUAUGUAGUGAUUUUACUGAUUGUACACAUACUGAUUGACAGGUAUUGAUGGAAGACUUAUAAUACCGAUCUGUGUAGCCUAAUUUUGAGAUGUUGCUAGCUUCACUAGAGAAGGCUACAUCUUUUCAUGCUCGACUGGGAUUGCCAGAAAUGCGAUUAGAAGAGAGGCAUGAUAUGUGGAAUUUGGUGAGCCACUUGCACUGGUAGCAUCAAAAUAUGCUCUAGUGAUAUUUGUGAUUGAAGCUUCUUUACGCAGGACAUCUGGCGCUGCUGAGUGUUAUGUAGAAACUUUGGUACGUGAGAUGCUUUCAAGAGCACUUUUUCAGUCGUACCUAUUAAUACUUGUUAAUGACAGCCGUCAGAAGUGUGGAGGGUGGGCUAAGGACGUUAUAGCAUUCGCGUCUCCAGUAGUGUUUCUCUCACUCUCGUGAGGUCCAGCACAAAAGUAACCUAAUUGAAUUUUGAACAAUUUACACCGUUUUUCA